UCGAGCUUGAUGUUCAGCUGCGUCAACUAGCUCCGAAAAACGUAGCAAAAAUAACAUUCGAUUGUUAAAAAAUCGUGAAUUUCAUUGAACUCUCGUCUCAUUGAUGGCUAGCAAUAAUCGCGGGUGAAUCCAUCACGAAAAAUAUUCCUAUCUGGCCUUGAUCAACUGAUUUGAGUCCCUGACAAUGAAUUAACACGUGUCCAAACUAGCAACUAAUCCCGCUGAUCAACAAAAUAACAAUCGAAACAACAAUCGAAGAUCGUUAACAGGCAGUCAAUGAAUUCCACACUGAAAAUAUUUCGUUCUACCAUGCGUUGAGAGCUGUCUCGACAUAACUGUGUGUAUCCAGAAAAAUCAGUUGGAAUCUUUGAUCGCCAAUUGUGUUCUACAAUGGCGGAGGUAUCUCUCUACGACUCGACAAUUUGUCGAUUAUGUGCCGAGAACAAUCCCAGCGGUGAACUAUUAUUCACUUCUGGCGAUGAAGAACCGGAUUUGAGUACCAUGAUCAAUCGGUACUUGCCACUCAAGAUUUCCAACGAUGGUAGACUCCCCCGGACCAUCUGUCCUGGCUGCAACAUCCAGCUGGAGUCAACAAUCGAGUUUUUCGAGCUCCUCGUCGACGGGCAGCGCAAGAUCCGCGAGCUGUAUAAACAGCAGCAGGAAAAGGAGAAGCGAGCAUCGAAGCUCCAAGCUCCAGUAACUCUGGAGGGCUACGAUCCUCAGGAAGACAGCCUCCCCCAGCAGAUAAUAAUAAAAAUCCUACCAGACGGCUCGAUGUACGCAGCGGAUCACGAGAUGAGCCUCCAGAUUGAGGGCCUGGAGAAGCCGAAGCGAAAGCGCGGUCGACCCCCCAAGGUCCAAGUGGAGACCGAGGAAGAGAAAAUGAUCGAAGAGCACCUGGAGCCAGUGUCUCAGGAGGAGGAUGACAAACAGGAGGGGGAGGAGGAGAUUGGCGAGGACGGGCGCAAGAGGCGAAAGCGAAAAGCCCCGGUACGUUUCUCUGAAGCUGUCCAAGGGAAGGAGCUGGAGAGGAUCUUCAAGGAGGAAGGAGUUAUCGACGAAGAAGAGGAGGAAGCCGGGGACAAUGACUACGAGGCACUCGAUGAGAGCCUCCAGGAGCCAGUGAUGUCUGAAAGCGAAGAGAUUAUUGGACACCUGGAGACUGAGGAGGGAGUCGACCUGGGACAGCUGGUAUCCAUGAACAGGGGGCGGGGGAGAGGGCGCCCCAAGUGGAAGAGAAGAAAGAAGUACUUCUGCGGUGACUGCGGACAGGGAUUCGCGCAGAGAAAUCAGUAUACGAAGCAUAGGAGCACUCACAAGACGGCAAAACAGACAAUGAUGAAACACGAGUGCAUGAAGUGUCAUAAGCAGUUUACAACUGAAGAAAACCUGUCUCUCCACCAGAAAAAAAUGGGCCACGACGGUGAGAAAGUAGUCGGAUGGAGCCCCGAAGCCUUAAAGGAAGAUCUCCCAGAAUUUACGGAAGAAUCUAAACUGGACGAAGAGUCCCCCGAUGCCGACCCUAGUUCAAUUCACCAGACAGAAGAACAUCUGGAUGACUCCUCAAGCCAUUCAAAAGACCUCGACGACCCCAAGGUCUUCUCCUGCGACGUUUGUGGUGAGAAGUUCCCCUCGAAGGAUACCUGUGAGGAUCACUUGAAGACCCACAACACCUCCUUUGCCUGCAGCCUUUGCAGCAAAACCUUCCCCGACGAGCCCUCUCUGAAGACCCACGUCUCCACCCACGAGACCACCAAAGGCGAGAAGGGCUUUGCCUGUGAUCUUUGUGGAAAAGUCAUGAACCACCCCAGCUCGGUGAUCUACCACAAGGAGUCUGAGCACAACAAUGGCAGGCGAUUUGUUUGCAAUAAAUGUGGCAAAGGUUUCAAGCACAAGCAGCUCCUCCAACGACAUCAGCUCGUCCACUCGGACGAUCGUCCCUACAUCUGCAAAUCCUGCAACUCCAGCUUUAAGACUAAGGCCAACCUGAUCAAUCACUACUCGACACACACUGGAGAGAAGAAAUACACCUGUGAUAUCUGCAAUCAGCAGUUCGCCCACAAGACAAGUCUGACCCUUCACUAUCGCUGGCACAGUGGCCACAAGCCCUACACCUGCGACGUUUGCCAGAAGAGUUUCUCCCAGAAUGGAAAUCUCCAGGAGCAUAUGAGAAUUCACACCGGGGAGAAACCCUACGCCUGCGAAUACUGUGGGAGGAAAUUCACUACCUCCUCGCAGUUUAAGUUGCACGUGAAAAGACACACCGGGGAACGACCCUGGAAGUGUGAGUUCUGCGCUAAGAGCUUUCUCCACAAGGACACGUGGAAGUGCCACGUGAGGAGGCACAAGGGGGAAAGACCCUUUCAGUGCUCCGAGUGCAACAGGGGUUUCACUGAGCAGUGGGCACUCAAGAAACAUCUCAGGUUGCAUACCGGGGAGAAGCCGUACUCUUGCGAUGUCUGCGGAAAAGCUUUUGCUGAUUGCUCGAAUCUGACGAAGCACAGGAAGGUCCAUCGAGAUACUAGUAAGGUUCUCAAGAUUGGGGAUAUCGCAAAGGAGGCCGAGGGCGAACUCUGGCAGAUACUGCCGACUAAUGAGGGUGGGGAAGAGAGUCUGGGGGAGCAUAUUACACAGGUAAUCACUGAGGAUGGCUCUGAGGACGGUGUCCCGCAGAUCAUCUACGUCUCGUACCAGGAUCUCGACGACCCCAAUCAGUCCAGGACCCUCCACUUCGGGAUGGUGGAGAAGGAGGGGUUGACGGAGGGCACUGGAGGGUCUCUACCAAGUCUGGACACUGAUGAGGCACAGGUUCUGAAGGAGGAUGCCCAGGUGGACCUGUCGGCGUCGAAUCUCCAGCUCCAGAUCACAGACGAAGAUGGCAAUCCCAUUCCCCUUUCCAUUCAGGACGCGAGGCAGUUGCUGGCGGGGGGACAAUUCGUUAGUCAACUGAAUGACAGCCAGAUGAUCAAGGUUCAUUCUGGAGUUGUCACUGAGGAGCUUGCCGAGCAGCUGGGGGUGCACAUCCAGAGUAUUGAGAUGGAGGGUGGUAGCACUGCGGAUAGAGGGGCUCGGGACACUGAUGAAACGGAUGUCAAGGUCCUCGGGGAGAGGGAGGGGGAGAUUGGAGAUGCUACUACGGGGGAGAUUGAAGAUGGGGAGCAAACUAUUGAAUUCACUACUCAGGAUGGACAGAAGGUGCGACUGGUUGCACCGUAUCAUGUGGAUCCCAUUCAGUUAGCGUCUGAGUACCUGACGAUAGUUUAAAACUUGAUAAAAAUCCGGGUAAUGGUCUCAGGAGGGAAAAUGAACUGUGGCUAUUUAUGUAAAUACAAUAAAAUUAAGGACUUCCUUUUGGAUAAGAUUGAUAUUUAUUAUUUGUUUAUAGUGAAGAUUUGUAGCUAUUUAUAGAUAAUGUCCUACUCGCAUCAAAAUUAUCGAGGUAUUUUCGGGAAUUCCUUCUUUACUAACGUGGCGGUGGAUCUGGGAGAUGGCGUACGGUGUGGGAUAUUGAAUUCCAAAUUGGGGGCAUUUAAUUUAAAUUGGACAUCGUAAUUGAAGUGAAGAACAGGAAGUAAAAUGUGUUGCCCAGAAUUUCGAAAAUAUAUUCAGAUGGAAAAUGAUAGAGAAUGAAAUUUAUUCAAUUUUUUCCUCCGCGAAAGAAGAAAAAUGAAAGGAAUUGAAAUUGAUGAGAUUCAUGAAAGUGGGAGAUGAAUGAAAAUCCGAGGAGGACGAGUUAUCAAUUUGGCAGAUGAUAAAUGUAGCAAGAUUGAUAAUUAUGUUGCAAAGGCUAAUUUCGAGGCUCCGCGAGUUCUGUAAUUUUUCGCGCAUUUUUUAAAUUUGUUUUCUGUAAAAAAAAUCGUCUGUUAACGCGAAAUAUCCAUUACCCGUUAACGAAUCCCAGCUCUCAGUUGGUGGAAUGCGAUGGUGCAAGUUUCAUGAAUAGCUCGGAUGUAAUAUUAGUAGGUACUUUGGAAAGAGCGAGAAGGAGACUUAGCCGAGGAGGUCGGAGUUACACCAAUAAUAGAACUACGAGUACUCUCGAAGCUCUGAUAGAAUAUGUAAAUUACCUGUCUAAUAGCCGAGUAAAACGUUUCACCUUCAAGUGGGGAAUUUUGAUUGUACAGUUAUUGCCAGGGAAUUGCGAGUGACUGCUGCCUCCUCUGACCUCCGGGCCAGUUUUGGCGAGUUUCGAUGCAGUAUUCACUAUCGCCCCUUUACUCGGUAUUCCCUUGGACUCGGGGAGAGAAUUCAUGAUUUGAGUGCUCAGAAAAGGGAAUCUUCAGUGCGAGAUUUUCGAGAGGCGAAUAAAAAUUGCGAAGAAGGGGUUCAACGUCGGGGGUGGGGUCCUGUGAUUUUUUUUUCAAGAGCAGGAAAUUGGGGGCUUUUAAUGACUCAAUUAGUCUGGACCCGUUACAGAUUAUUUAUUUAUUAUUCGGUUGUUCUGAGCGACGAGUCUGUGAUUCAGUUGAAAUAUUUUAGUUCGAAGCAAAUGUUUCCUCGUACUUUUCCAUCAGGCUAACAGCUGUACGAGGGCUUUUCCGAUGCCGAUAAUCGCCCGAUACAUCCGAGUCUGGAAGAAAUUCGCGGAGGGAACGUCUCUUCUCCGAUAAGUUUAUAAAGUUUUGUACGCGAUGGCUUGCAAUGUACUUUCCGUUUCCUCCAUUUGUACUUAUUUUUUAUUGCUAGCCUCUGCUUUUUAUCUUCUCGUCGACGAAUGAACGAGGGGAAGAUUGAGAGUUUUUAAUGAUCUUAUGGUGCUUGAGCAAUUAUUGAAGUGUCUUUUAAUUGCUUCAAUUUUAUUUUAUCGCCCAUUCCAGGGAUUAUGUAAUUAAAAUAGUUUUCAAUAAAA